CACAAGUUGUUUUUUUCCCAUUAUAAACGCCAAUCUCUAGAAUCAAUAAAAAGGGAAAAUAUCAAUCAAUGCCCUCUCAAAAUUAAAAAUUUAAAAAGUCUUAUACACAAGUAGUUACACAGCACACCUUUUUCCUUAUUCUCUGGCAGUUUGGCAUCCCACUCUGUCAAAAUUUUCUCAUCUUCCCAUACAUAUUUUUCUUGCCUUCAAAACUAGCAAGAAUCAGCAAUAUGGAAGAUUACAGAUCAAAAUCUUAUACUGAUGGUAGGAUGCAGAUUGAGAAAUAUUAUGAACCCCAAUUUUCUACUAAAGAUUUUAGGUCAUAUAGUGUUUCAUAUGCAUCUUCUUCUGUUGGUGCACCACCACUUCCACCCCCAGCAGUACCACAGAACAAGCUGAAGAAAAGGAAGAGUACUUGUGGCUCAAUCUCAAAAUCUUGGAGUUUAAAUGAUCCUGAGUUUCAGAGGAAAAGGAGAGUUGCUAGUUAUAAAGUUUACUCUGUUGAAGGCAAAGUCAAAGGUUCUUUAAGGAGAAGUUUCAGAUGGUUUAAAGACAAGUGUACACAGGUUGUCUAUGGAUGGUGGUGAUUCUUUUACUUCUUUUUUUUGUUGUUUUUAUAGUUAUUUUGAUUGAUCAAAAUGUUAUACUACUAUUUUGUUUGUCAAGAGGGCAUUUAUAGAUGUGGAUUUUCAAUGAAUUUCCUGCUGUUUAUUUUCCUUC